GUCUUCGUCGCGAGUAACGGCCGCCGCCGGGCGUUGGAGCGCCAACGGCCGCCGGGGGCGGCACCCUGAGCGGGGCGGGGGCGCCGAAACAAAUAUGAGCCUUUAUGUUAGAGGUUAACCAGGCUCAAGGCUGAGGAACACUGAAAAGCUUGUGCAGCCCUGUGGAAAUCGGUCUCGUAAAGGCUGGUUUGUCUGUAGUACAUACCUCUGCUGCAUCUCUGGCUGCCAAAAAGAGUGAACAAGAGCUGAAGGAUGAAGAAAUGGAAUUGUUCACAAAAUACUACAUGGAAUGGAAAGGAGGAAGAAAAAGUGGCAAUACAUCAUAUAUGAACAUACCACGGUUUUACUACAGGCUGCCAGCUGAAGAUGAAGUCUUGCUUCAGAAAUUAAGAGAAGAGUCUAGAGCAGUCUUUCUGCAAAGAAAAAGUAGAGAACUGUUGGAUAAUGAAGAGCUUCAGAAUCUCUGGUUUCUGCUGGACAAACAUCAGACAUCACCAAUGAUUGGAGAAGAAGCAAUGAUCAACUAUGAGAACUUCUUGAAAGUUGGUGAAAAAGCUGGACCUAAAUGCAAGCAGUUCUUCACAGCUAAGAUCUUUGCUAAAUUACUGCAUAAUGAUCCUUAUGGGAGGAUAUCUAUCAUGCAGUUUUUCAAUUAUGUCAUGCGAAAAGUGUGGCUUCAUCAGACGAGAAUAGGUCUCAGUUUAUAUGAUGUGGCAGGACAGGGCUACCUCAGAGAAUCAGAUUUGGAAAACUAUAUUUUGGAACUCAUCCCUACUUUGCCACAGCUGGAUGGUUUAGAAAAGUCUUUUUACUCCUUCUAUGUUUGCACAGCAGUUAGAAAAUUCUUCUUCUUUCUAGAUCCUCUCAGAACAGGGAAGAUAAAGAUACAAGAUAUUUUAGCUUGCAGCUUCCUAGAUGACUUGUUGGAGUUAAGGGAUGAAGAACUUUCUAAAGAAAGUCAGGAAACAAACUGGUUUUCUGCUCCUUCUGCACUAAGAGUUUACGGCCAGUACUUAAACCUUGAUAAAGAUCACAAUGGCAUGCUCAGCAAAGAAGAGCUGUCCCGCUAUGGAACAGGGACUCUGACCAACGUAUUCUUGGAUCGUGUCUUCCAGGAGUGCUUAACUUAUGAUGGAGAAAUGGACUAUAAGACCUACCUGGACUUUGUGCUUGCAUUAGAAAACAGAAAGGAGCCUGCAGCUCUGCAAUAUAUUUUCAAACUGCUUGAUAUAGAGAACAAAGGAUACCUGAAUGUCUUUUCCCUUAAUUAUUUCUUUAGGGCUAUUCAGGAACAAAUGAAAAUCCAUGGACAAGAACCAGUUUCUUUUCAGGAUGUCAAGGAUGAAAUCUUUGAUAUGGUAAAGCCUAAGGAUCCUUACAAAAUCUCCCUUCAAGACUUAAUCAAUAGCAGUCAAGGAGACACUGUUACCAGCAUUCUAAUUGAUCUGAAUGGGUUCUGGACAUACGAGAACAGAGAGGUCCUUGUGGCAAGUGAUAAUGACAACACUGCUGAUGUUGAUGAUACGUGACUUUGAACACAAGUAGACUGUAUCCAUAAAGACAUCUUUAACUAAUGCAUUAACUAACUAUUGGAAGCCGGAAACACUUGUUAUCUGAAUCAAUGCCUCUUCCAUUUUACUUCUUCCCCUCCUUGCUCUCCCUCCAGCAUAUAAUGUAAAAUGUGGUACAUACAGGGACUGCUGAACCGAUUCUGAAGCCAAAAUAGCAAGUCUUGUUUAAGAGGUAACAAUGAUCUGUUGUUUUUUUGGUUUUUUGAAUAAAUAUUUUUGGAGUCA